AUGGCGCUUGCAGGCGACGCUCUUUUGUCCCGAGCAAGGGGCUGCAUGCUGGGGAUCAUGGUAGGUGAUGCCUUAGGCGCAGCUGUCGAAGGCCUCAGCCGCGAACUUGUCCGAAGGUUUGCGCAAGGGGAGUGGCAGACACCGCUGGUCCAGGACUUCGUCCGAGCAGUGCACAUGGGCACCUACGUCUCGGACAGUGGUACCUUGAAAGGUCCCUUCCGCGAAGCUCGGGGCGUAAAUGACAUGGCAUUUCUGCCUCCUGGCACCGGCCUACCCAAGGAGGUCAUCCAGCAGUGCGGCCGCCUGGGGAUGUACACGGACGACACUUGCGCCUGCUUGGCAGUCGCAUUUUCAGUGGUUGCCUGCGGUAAGGUUGAUGCGGCGCAUGUCGCGCGGACUUGUGCCGAGUUCUUCCGUGACAACGAACAUUUCCGCGGGUCUCCACCCACAGCAAAGCAGGUGAACGCUGCGUGCUUAGAAGGUGUGCCAGUCGAACGCACGGGCCUGCCUCCAUACUUUCGUUUUGAGGGAGGCUCCUUCGCCAAUGGGGGUGCCAUGCGCAUCUCGCCAUUGGGCCUUGCCUAUCGGAACUCAGGCUGCCAGCCGCUGCGGGAGGCCGUGGAGCAAGCACUCCUUGGCACUCACCGCCACGUGGAGGCUGCGGACUUCGCCAUGCUUCAAGCUAGAGCUGUACAGUAUGCUCUGUCGCACGAUGUAGAAACCUUCAGUGCGGACCAGCUGGUGGCAGAUCUCAGAGGUCUAUGCCUAUCUGGUGACAUGCAGGAUGUGAUGGUCUCCAUUGCGCGUGCCGUGCGCUUUGCAAACAUGGACGAUGUGGAUGACCACCGUAUCUUGGGGCCAAUCCUAAGCAAGCACAAGAGGCCAGGCAGUGGUCUCGACUUUCAAAUCGCAAGUGUCCACAUGGCACCGUGUGUCUUUUGGCUGGUUUGUCGUCACUACAAGGAUCCUCGACGAGCAAUUCAGGCAGCUAUUGAUCUGGGUGGUGACACGGACACAACUGCCUCAAUGGUGGGCGCGAUUGUCGGUGCACUGCAUGGUGACAAAUGGUGCAGUGGCUGGGCGGAGUCGCUAGAAAACGGGAUCCAUGGACGAGAUUUCGCUCUGCAACUGGCGGAACAGCUGGUUGAGCUGGACCUGUGA